AUGCACAAAACGCUCCCCAAGCUCACCCGCACGCUCCCCACCCUCGCGCUCCCCUCCCUAGCCCUCACAAUGAACCUGCGCCACGCGACGCUCUGGGACGACACCGGCACGCUCCUGAUCCCCUUCCCCGACACCGCCUUCCGCAUCCACCGCCCCGUCCUCCUCGGCGCCGCACCGCAUCUCCAAUCGCGCUUGACCCCAGCCUCAUCCGGAUCGCUCCCGCCGGAUAGUGCGCUCGCGGAUCUGGAAGGGCAGGGGAGUGAGAAGCUGGACGUGUUGGAUGUGCCCGAGAAUAUUGCUGCAACGGAUUUUGCGAUCUUGCUCGACUACCUUUCCGGAAGGACACCGCUCACCGCAUCGCACCUCGAACCGCUCCUGCGCAUAUCCUCUCCAGAAACCCUCGAUAUACCGUCCGUGUACGCUAAAGCGUCUGCUCAUCUGAACGAGAUGUUCCCGAGCCAUCUGGGCGCUAUAGCCGGUGCGAACGCUGGUGUGGAUGCGCAUGAGCUCGAGCCUGCGCUUGAGCUCGCGAUGCGGUAUAAGGUCGAUCCCGAGACGAAGAAAACGCUCCUCUACCGCGUCGCAACCUCAACCGAAUUUGACCCCACAGGCGCACACGACCCUUCCUCCCCCUCUUCAGAGCACAUAUCAUCUGAUCCCGCCCUCCUCACCGCGCACCCUGCCCUCUCCCCCCGCACGCUCCGCAUCACCCACCGCACCCUCGCCUCCCUUAUCGCCGACUUCACUCCAACGUUAUUCACCGUCGGCGCCGCGCAACACAUGGCCUGCACAGACGUUAUCGCCGAGCGGUGGAUGGACGACGUGAUCGGGCCCGCGCUUGCAGACGGGGGCGUGGGGACGCCGCUCGAGACGCUGAGGAGGAUUGAAGGGGUCGCGGAGGGGUGGAGAGAGCAUGGGCUUUGCGAGGGGUGUGUGGGGUGGUUGAGGGGCGAGUGGGAGGGCGAGAGGGAGAAGAUUUGGGGGAGGCUGGGGGCGUGGAUCGAGGAGGCUGAGAGGGCUGAGAACGCUGCUGAUGCGAGUCGAUAG